AUGAAACCGGUCUCUUUUGGAAGCGCAUGCCAUCAAGAAGCUACAUUGCAAAAGAAGAAUCAUCAAUGCCCGAGUUUUAAACCAGCAAAAGAUCAAUUCACUUUAUUGCUUGGCGGGAAUGCAGCUGCAGGCUGUAAGUUAAAACCCAUGAUGGUGCAUCAUGCAGAAAACCCUAGGGCACUUAAAGGAAUUGUGAAAAGCACACUGCCAGUCAUAUGGAAAGCCAAUAAAAAAGGUUGGGUUACUGCUUCGCUGUUUGAAGAUUCGUUCUCACAUUAUUUUGUACCUGAAGUAAAAAAAUAUUGUGAAGAUAAAUCAAUACCUUUUCAAGUAAUUCUGCUUGUAGAUCAUGCAGCCGUCAUCCACCCUCUCUUCAACAUCACCACCCUAUUCUUGCCACCAAAUACAACUUCAAUUUUGCAACCAAUGGACCAAGGAGUUAUCGCCACAUUUAAAGCACUGUACCUUUUAGAUGCAAUAAAAAUUACAGCAUAUGCCUGGAACAAAAUUUCAGAGACAACCAUGAAACGUGUUUGGAAAAAGCUCUGCCCGCAGUUGUUUGGUACUAAUGUUGAACGGUUUGAAGAACCAGCAGAAAUUGUACAGCAGAACACAGAAGCAAUAGUUACUCUUGCCAACAUACUGGACCUGGAUGUCUCUGCAACUGACAUAAAUUACCUUCUUGAAGCGCACAAGGAAGAACUUACAAAUUAA